CGAAGGACCGCCAAGGGGCGGGGCCAAAUUUGGGUGGCGCCCGAGGCCGUCACCUGUCACUGUCACUCUACACCACCCAAGCUUCUCCACCACAGCAGCAUCCUCGCACUCAUCUCACUCCUCCUCCUCCUCCUCCUCGCUCUCCUCGACACGAUGCCUCAACUUCCAUCUAGAUUCUCUCGUUCUCCCAUCGCUCCAGUCCGGCCUCCCUCCCUCCCUCGCUCUCGAUCUCGCUCCCGCUCCUCCUCCCACUCAAAUAUGUCCGCAACACAAUACCCCGCGUUCACCUCAAUCAGGAAUCAGCUGCAAGAAGUCUACGACAUUCUCGCUCUCGUUGAGGAGACGCAUCCGCGCAAGCACAAGCGCCAUUCCCCGACUGCGGUCAAAGGCCGCAUCCACGCGAUCAUUACCGAAAUCGAUGUCCUGUGCACCCGGGCCGCGCUCGACGGGCCCAGCUUCCCUCAUAUCCUAGACCGUGUGCUCGCUCUCGCUGAUCACGAGGGCUUGAUGGCACUGCGCGGCGUCAACAAGGCCUUCAACGCUAAGGCGGACGCCCGCCUCUUCGCCCACAUUGCUCUCAUCAGCCCGUCCACCUCAACACCCCUAAUCAACAAGAUCAAGCACCGCGUCGGCAUUGCAGUCGGACCCGGCGGGUUCGUCAUGUGCACUCCGGACUCUGCACACUUCCUCCCCAACCUUCCUUCCUCCACCCCAUCACCGGAGCGCGUCGCACUCAUCCAGGCCGUCGACUACUACGGCCCCCGUCCAAGUCCGUGCGUCCAAGAAGUCGUAAACCUCCUCAAAGAUGUAUCCGCAUGGCGUUCCGAAGCCCCCUUUGCUGCCGAUGCCGAGGACGGCGCUCCCACCUUAUCCAGAGGCGUGGCGGUGGCCAACUUCCCCAUCAUGACGAAAGAGGACACAACAUUUACCGUGCGGGCCGCGCCCUCCACCACAGCAGUGGUGCACUUGACAUGGCCCGACCGGCCAGUAGGGCGAGACGAGACACCAGUCAUCGUGGACCUGUUCGCGGCUCCUAAUUCGGACGCGUACAUUGUUGUGGAGAAGCCCGACCCGGACGAGCAACUGCCGCUGUCGACGUUGAGGGACGAACUAGGCUUCUACCUCGGCGCAGGGGUGGCCGAAGCGUUCCCCACCGGCGGGAAAAGCGCCGCGCGGCCACGUAUCACAAUAGUUGGGCUGGAGGGGUUACAUCCCGACGCGGACGCAGCGACAGCUGGCAUGUUCGCACAGCAGUGUUUGCGACAACUUGCGAGCUACAUUUCCGAGCGGUAUGGCGUGGACGUCGCGCAGCACGUGGCCUGCAUGACACUCCAGGAGUGGGAGGACGACUGGCAGCGGCGCGAGUGGGGUGAGCUGGUCACGUCCCCGCACUUGCCAUACACGAGCAACGAGGUGUCAUUAAGUUGUGAGUCGCGAUAGCGGACGGUGGGAAGUGGGCGGUGGGCGAUCGGUGAUCAGCAGUUGGCACCGAGCUAACGCCAGUCUGGUAGCUGGUAGAAGUGCACGAAGUUUAGGGUCGCACAG